UCAUAACUUUUGGAAUAAACUUAAAAAAUAAAAUAAAAUACAAGUGUCAUUUUACAGCUAUCAUAUAUCAAACCACAAAUAACGUAUGUACCAAUGUUAAUUGCCAGCCCCCUGCCACACUUCUCUAUAUAAACCCACCUCCUUACCUAUGAAAUAAACCAUAAAUAGAAAGCCGCACCAAAUACUCAAAUACACACACUCUCUAAUACCUCCAUUUAACAACCAACUUCUUAACCCCUCUUUUCCAUGGAAUCGCAAACUGAGAGUUUAUGGUUAAUAGCCCUCGCUUCCAAAUGCACCGCCUUUUCACCACAAACUAUCCUUUUUCUUUUCACCCUCUUAUGCUUAGCUUCAUUAACCAUAGUUUUGUUCCACUGGGUUGAACCCGGGGGUCCAGCUUGGGGUAAAUACCGUCACAAUAAAUUCACCCCACGAAACACCCCGGUACUACCCCCAGGACCCCGGGGUUAUCCCAUCAUAGGAAGCAUGGACUUAACGGUGGGCUUAGCCCACCAUAAGUUAACCUCCAUGGCUAACCUCCUAGGAGCUAGGAGGCUUAUGGCCUUUAGUAUGGGUGACACACGUGUCGUGAUCACAUGCAAUCCUGACGUAGCUAAAGAUAUCCUAUGUAAUUCGGUGUUUGCUGACCGUCCGAUCAAGGAGUCUGCUUACAGCUUGAUGUUUAACCGUGCCAUGGGGUUCGCCCCGUACGGUGUUUACUGGAGGACGUUACGGAGGAUUGCCGCCACCCAUAUGUUCUGUCCGAAACAGAUUAACCUCGGCGUAAUACAAAGAGCUGAAAUCGCCUCACAAAUGGUGAACAUGAUUAAUUAUAAUGUUGGUAAAAAUACAGCAGCAUUUUCUGUCAGAGAAAUGCUGAAGCUAGCAUCUCUGACCAACAUGAUGGAAUCAGUGUUCGGAAGGCGGUACGAGUUGUCAACUGCCUCGCUGAAUAGCGAGGCAGCAGAACUUAGUCAGCUCGUACAAGAAGGUUAUGAGUUACUAGGGAAGCUCAACUUGUCUGACCAUCUUUCCUGGCUUGGUUCUUUUGAUCCUCAAAGGAUCCGUGAGAGAUGUUCUCAGCUCGUUCCUCGGGUUAAUCGGUUUGUUAACCGGAUUAUUUCCGAGCACCGGGUUCGGGACCAUAAGCAAGAGGCAGGUGACGACGACGCUAGAGGCCAUGAUUUUGCAGAUGUUUUACUGUCCUUAAAUGGACCUGAUAAAUUGUCUGAUUCUGAUAUGGUGGCUGUUCUUUGGGAGAUGAUAUUCAGAGGAACGGAUACAGUAGCAGUGUUAAUAGAGUGGAUACUAGCAAGAAUGGUCCUUCACCCUGAUAUCCAAUCAAAGGUCCAAGAUGAAUUAGACAAAGUGGUCGGAAAAUCUAGACCGUUGAUGGAAUCUGAUAUUCCUUCAUUGGGCUAUCUUCAGGCUAUGAUCAAAGAAGUUCUGAGAUUACACCCACCCGGCCCACUUCUAUCGUGGGCCCGUUUAGCAAUAACUGAUACAACCCUUGACGGGUAUCAUAUCCCAGAAGGUACAACUGCUAUGGUUAAUAUGUGGGCCAUAGCCCGGGACCCCGGCAUAUGGGCUGACCCGCUUAGGUUUUCCCCGGAAAGGUUUAUGGAUAAAAUGGAUGAUUUCUCGGUGUUGGGAUCGGAUCUUAGGCUGGCACCGUUUGGGUCCGGGAGGCGGUCUUGCCCCGGGAAGGCGCUCGGGUUAACUACCGUAACUUAUUGGGUUGGGACUUUGCUUCAUGAAUUUGUGUGGACGCAAUGUGAUCAAUAUCCUGUUACUCUUAGUGAAGUUAUGAAGUUGUCAUGUGAAAUGGCUAAUCCCCUCAAAGUUAUGGUCCACUCUAGGCGUAAUUGAGUGUACGACUAAGACGUGAGAGUUUAAUUAGUUAGUUUGGUUGAUAUUGUACAAAAGUGAGUUAAACCAAAUUAUACUACUAGUUCCCCGAAAAAAAAAAAAAAAAAAAAGAAUUAUACUACUAGUUCGGGUGUAAUGUGUAAAUAUACUGUUUGAAACCUUAACUAACUAAGAACAAGGUUUGCCGUGUAAGAUAAGAUGUAAGUUUCAUAAGGAGACAUAGAAAUUAGAUCGUGAAUAAAAGUUUGUCGUACACUCUUCGUUUGUUUGAAUUCACACAAUCUAGGUGAUCAAAUAUAAAGUGUGAAUUCGUAUAUUUGCUUUGUAUGCAAUGUAUUUUCCUUGAUAGAUAUAUACAAAACGUGAUUAAAUAUUUGUACUUUUA